UUUCCACGUAUCCUACGCCCUCUCCAGAGUUCUUCGAGGAAAGCAAAAUGCGCAUGCGCAGCCAGACGUGGCAGCGGCAUCAUGGCUUCUUGGACCAGAAACGGGAGACGCAGGAGAGAGGUUGAAAUGUAUAUAUUCCUGUGUAUGGUUGUGGUUGUAUCCACGCUGCAGGCAGUGAAAGUGUCCCCAUUAAUAGAGCGAGUCAGUGACCAUAAGGACUUCAAAAAGUUGCUCAGGACCAGAACCAAUGUCCUUGUUCUCUACACUAAGUCAGCUACAUCAGGAGAUGUUCAUCUGAAGCUACUGUCUGAUGUAGCCCAGGCUGUGAAAGGCCAAGGGACCAUUGCCUGGGUAAACUGCGGGGAUUCUGAGGGUCGCAAACUCUGUAAGAAAGUGAAAGUGGAUCCAAGUUCAAAGACUUCUGGAUUUGAAAUCCUUCAUUAUAAAGAUGGGACCUUUCACACAGAAUACAACAGACCCGCCACACUUAAGUCUAUGGUGGCAUUCCUGAAAGACCCCACAGGUGCCCCCCUAUGGGAGGAGAACCCUGAAGCUAAAGACGUUGUUCACAUCGAGACAGAGAAAGACUUCAAGAAGCUGUUGAAAAGAGAAGAGAAACCCAUCCUCAUGAUGUUUUAUGCCCCAUGGUGCGGUGUAUGUAAGAGGAUGCAGCCCAUCUUCCAACAAGCUGCCAGUGAGACGAAAGGAAAAUAUGUAUUGGCGGGGAUGAACGUCCACCCAGCAGAAUUUGAUGGACUUAAGCAGGAAUAUGACGUCAAAGGCUACCCGACCUUCUGCUACUUUGAGAAGGGAAAGUUCCUGUAUCACUAUGAGAACUAUGGAGCAACAUCCAAGGACAUUGCAGACUGGCUUAAAAACCCACAGCCUCCUCAGCCCAAGACCCCUGAGGUACCUUGGGCAGAUUCGGACUCUGCUGUCUUUCAUCUGACUGAAGAGUCCUUUGACACGUUUCUGGAGGAACAUCUCUCAGUCCUGGUUAUGUUCUAUGCUCCCUGGUGCGGCCACUGUAAGAAGAUGAAACCUGACUACGACGAAGCGGCUGAAAUCCUCAACAAAGGGGCAGACAGUCCAGGUGUGUUAGCAGCAGUGGACGCCACCAUCCAUAAAUCUGUGGCUGAGCGCUUUAAGAUCUCAGGCUUUCCUACUGUGAAGUACUUUGAGAAGGGCGAGGAAAAGUACACAUUACCACAGCUACGAACCAAAGACAAGAUCAUCGAGUGGCUGCAGAAUCCACAGGCUCCCCCUCCUCCUGAACAGUCAUGGGAGGAGAAGCCAUCCAGCGUGAGUCACCUUGGGGCCGAGGACUUCAGGGAGGCUCUCAAAAAGAAGAAGCACGCCCUGGUCAUGUUCUACGCUCCCUGGUGCCCGCACUGUAAGAACGCCGUCCCUCACUUCAUUACAGCGGCUGAGACUUUCAAAGAGGACCGCAAGAUCGUGUAUGCUGCUGUGGAUUGCACCAAAGGCCAGAACCAUGAGCUGUGUAAGCAGGAGGGCGUAGAAGGCUAUCCAACCUUUAACUACUACAAUUAUGGCAAAUUCAGUGAAAAAUACAAUGGAGAGAGAGGGGAGGCUGGCUUCACCGGUUUCAUGCGAAGCCUUAGAGGACGGGACCAAGAGAAGGUGGGAAAGCGGAAAGAGGAGCUCUAAGAAUGUGGGUGUGGCUAUAAACAGGGGAGGAGCCUGUCAUUGCACUGUGACUGGGCAGGGACCUUCUAGCACUGAUGCCACACACGUGAAAACCUCAGCUUAAAGAGAGGAUAUUUUUAUACAGCCUUAUGUUUGUAAUACCAAUGUUCAGCCACAAGACCACUCAAGACUUGGCUUUUUUCUUUGUUUGUUUGGUUUUUUUUCAUAGACAUUUUGUGACAAGGACGAUUGCUCCCAAAUACUGUGACAGUUAAUCAAACUACAUCUUAAAUCUAUGCAAUACUGAAUCACUCUACAAUUCAUAGUGACCAGUGGCUUCUGUGUCAAGCGGACACUUCAGCUACUUUUACAUACAGUAAGUCACCCAAAGCGCUCCUUGACACUGACAGUCUCCAUAAUUAUUGCCAUUCCCACCUUUGUAAAGAGGACCCAUAAUGUAUACAAUCACAUGUUUGAGUAUUUUUGUACAAAAAAAUGUGACAUCCUGGACUAGACAGACAAUAGAAGAAAAAGGAAAAUGUAGCUCAUAUUUGUGGCCUUAAUUAUUUGAAUAUGUUUUAUUCCAGUGGUGCAGUGCACCCAGGACUGUAACAGAGAAUUAGCGGGGCCAAAAUACAACAGAGCUUAAAAGAAAUUGUGUGUUGAAGCAAGUAGCGUCUUUGUUCCUUGUAUUGUUAUGUGUGAUUGACUGUCAGCUGUGGGGAAAAAAAUAAUAAAAAAAAAUGAUAGAUGCCAAAAAUGUAAUUCAGCAGUGAAGGAUAUACUGAACCCCAACUUAGUUGAUGUACUUUUAGUUCCCGUUUAUCCCUGAUAAUCAGUUUCCAUACUUUCACUUCGAUAUCGAAUGGCCAAGAACUCAAUAUGCAGUACAGACCCAGUGUGAAUCUUUGUACUGCAUAGUGAGACAACGUUCAGAUUUUUAUGAUUAGUGCAGGAACCAUUUAAAGGCUAAAAUAAGGAAUUACUUUUUUUUUUUUUAAAUCUGGUCAUGUCAGUCACCUUAUUCACUAAGUCGAGUUUCAUAGAGAUUCAGCUGGUAUAAGGAUGUUUAAUAUUGCUUUAUUUUUUAAUAGGCCAUUUUUCUCCCCAAAAAGAUUGUUAGUGAACGACAGCCUUCACUUCCACAAGGCUUAUUCAAUCUAUACCCUUUUAACAGGAAGUUAUUUUUAAAUACCUCUCAUCUUGAUUUUCCCUUUUACAGAACAACCUGGAGAUUAGUUUUAGCGGCAGAAAAGAAAGAAAUCCUUUCUGAAAUGUGAUUUAAGUGGUGCUUGAGUGCACGCUUUCAUCUAACCAGUGUGGCAGUGAAGGUUUCUCAAGCAAUCUUAUUCAUACAUCGUACCAGGAUCAUUGCGUUGUACCAUAUUACUCUCUGAGGCAACUUUGCUACUGUGUUGGGAACUCCCUGAUCAAGGCAGUUUACAUAUUUAAUGAGCUUAUCUGUAGCUAAACAUCUUUUAUUAUUCAAGAGAUUGAUGCUUUUCAUUUUUCAAGUUCUCAGGGAUAGCAAAACACAUUUUAGCUGAGUACUCGGAGCUUGUGUUACUGAAUUCUGAAUUGUUUACAUUUGUCUGUGGGAGAUUUCUUAUGACAAGAUUCGGUUUGUGAAGUCUUGGCAAAUUAUAGCAGAAAGAAUUAACUCCAUCGAGCCAAGGAAAGCGCAGAAAUAUUCAGAUGGUCACAAGUGCUACAUUUCUAUCACUCAGCUAAUCAAUCUUUUUGCAUCUGUAGCCAAGAGGAGGGUAAAGACAGCUUGUUUCAAAAUAGCUUAGUUCUAAAUACUUUUUUCUUUUUUUUACUUUUUUGCAUCAACAGGAGGGGAACCAUUAAAAUAUUGCUUACUGUAUCUCUCAUACUACAGAAUAUUAGCUUGUGUAUCCGUUUUCUGUCAUUUUGUGCUUCAGAAAUUUCUGUACCUAAGCGUUUGUCUGUUGAAGGAAAUCCUGCUUUGUCUUAUCCCAAAGGUCUCCAUGUCACAUUGAUGCCAAGAAGUCACUUUCAUCUGUCUGAUUUAUGCACCCAGCCAUAUGUACAGUUUUGGCCCAGUGAAUAAAUACAAUGGAAAAUAAAAAGGCAUACAUUUCCAAGGUGCUCAAGUAGUCUUCUCUAUAUAGAUUGUAGACAUUGCUAACUUUGUAUACUGUAAUUAGUAUUACUUGCAUAUAUUUAUUGCAGAAUUGGUGUUUAAUCACCACAUUGAAGGAAUUCAUGUGAUGGACCCCACUUCCUUGUUGUUGGCUUCUUAAUAACUAACUUGUACAGGCCAAAAUAAAUUAUUGGCUGUAUAAAAUAAUACCAUAAUGAGAGUCUAUUAAAUGUAGACAUGGAUUUCAUGGAUAGAUGUUAAAACAAUAUUUUUAGAUAGAUUUUUAGAAAAUUUCUCUAUAAAACCUUGGACAGAGUACCAGCAUGGUACAGCAUCCUGUUCCUGUAAUGUCUAACAAGGUUGGCGACGCUUGUACAUGGAUAUUGGAGUCAUCCAUGCGAAUCUGUCGUAACUCCUGUGGAUGUCUUCCUCAGUUCUUCUUCAAUUUGCAGGUUUCAAAUCAAUAUCCAGGGAUUGAGCUGGACAAUGCAGAAACACACAUUAUUUUGUGCAACCUUUUCUGUAUUGAUUUGGAUGCAUUGUAGAAAUUCUAGUCUAUGGCCACCUGUUAACCUCCUGGCAGAGACAACCAGGUUCCAUGCUGAAAUAUUAUGGUAGAUUUAUAACUUCCUCAAAACAGCCCCAAUGCAUCCCUGAUGCACUACAUUUUACAGAAAAUAUCAUGUGCUCUUCCUUGCAUGCAGAUUUGCACAGAUGGUUUGUUUCAAUUCAAGAAGCUUUUAUUGUCAUUUUGACCUACAGUAUAUAUUGACCAUACUGUAUGUAGCUGAUGCAGCAUAUAGUAAUCUCACAUGUUUACAAAUGAUGUGCUAAUGAGAGGCUUCUUUUCAUGCAACCCUUGUUAUGAAACUUAUUUAUGAGGGCGUACAGGGUUGCCUCGAUUUUAAAAGACAAUACAAAUGUCAAGGAGUUCUUAAGAAAAGUGCUGUUUGUGGGUAAGUUUAUACAAUCAUUUUCAUGACCGGUUCCAAUAAUUCUGGACAUAAUCAUACAGUAUGUAAGCUCUAGAGGAGAGCUAUAGUUACUUUUCAUCCAGAAACCAGCUAACUUUCUUUAAACUGGUUUAGAAUUACGUUCUCUCUCAUUCCUAGUGCUGUGUUAUUCUGCUAGAUGUUUUGUAUGCAUUAUGCAUUCUUUUGUAUAUUUAUGUGUAUAAGGUGCCAGCAAAUUAUAAUUAACUAGUCCCAGCAGCAUACUGUAUAAAUGUGUUUCAG